AUGUUCCAUGCAUCUCAACCCUCUCGUCCUAACUCCAGAAAGAUAGGCAACUGGCACCUCAAUGGGUCUAUUCCAGGCGACAUAGGCAACCUCAAGGCGCUCACUUUCCUUGAGCUGCAAGGGGCAGACAUGGAUGGGCCCUUCCCAGAGUCCGUCACGCAGCUCACCAACCUGGAACUCUUCCACGUGGGUCUGACAGGCCUGCACGGAUCUCUGCCGGAUGGAAUCGGCGACUUGACUAAGCUGAGCAACUUUGGAGUGCACAGGAACCGUCUGUCUGGCCCCAUCCCAUCUACUCUAGGGCGAUUGACUGCCCUCGUACGACUUGAGCUCGAUGACAACAGCUUCAACGGAACCAUACCUGCCUCCCUUGGCGACCUCACUCUGUUGGAUGACAACAGGUUCAACGGAACCAUACCUGCAUCUCUUGGCGACCUUAUCCAGGCACCACCUUAUCCUAUCCCCAUUCCUCACCCCCACCCACUCCCCCACGCCCCCCGAAUGACCCCCAGUGAGCUCGAUGACAACAGCUUCAACGGAACCAUACCUGCCUCCCUUGGCAAACUCACCCUCGUUACCAAAUUUGCCAACCAUCUCACCGGCACUGUUCCGCCAUCCCUCGCUAAAUUAACUCAGGCUACCGUUUUGGAUUUCUCCAAGAACCCUCUCAACGGCUCCCUCCCUCCUGCCCUGGGAGCAUUGAACAGCCUUGCAAACAUCGAAGGGGGCGGAGUGGGAGGAGCGGAGGGAGAUAGUGGGGAAGCAGGUGUGACAGGGACGAGUGUGAACGUGAGAGGGAGUGGGAGGGGAAGUGGGAGGGGAAGUGGGAGGGGAAGCGCGUGGGGGAGUAAGAGGGGAGGGAGUGGAGAGGGGGAGGUGGGGAUCACAGUGGAGGCUGGGGAGCCGCAGGUGUGGGCGGUGAAGCGAGCCAAGAUGCGAACCAACGAUUUCCACAAGGAGGAGCAGAUCAUCAUAUACGAGUUCAUGGAGAACGGGGACUUGGAGCGAGUUUUGAAAAACCUCGCCUCAAAGCCAGUAAGCCUGCAGCAGCGGCUGGAGAUGAUGAUAGGAGCAGCGAGGGGCCUGGAGUACCUUCACAGCUUCUCCAUGGUGCAUCGGGACGUGAAACCAGCGAACAUUCUUCUUGAUGGCAACUGGCAGGCCAAGAUUGCUGACUUCGGGCUAACCAAGAUGGGAGAGGGCAACGCAUACAACCCUCAGGACUCCACUCGAGUGCUCGGCACGCCAGGCUAUGUGGACCCUGUGUAUGGGCGCACACGCAAGGCCACCCCCGCAAACGACGUGUUCAGCUUUGGCAUUGUGGUGCUAAAGCUUCUGACGGGACGAAGGCCAUUGUGUCAUUUUGGCAUCGUGAUGCUGGAGCUUCUGACGGGACGAAGGGCCAUUGUGUCAGUGUCUAAGGAUGACGAUCCGAUCAACAUUAGCAAAUGGACCUCCUUUUUCUGCAACCUCCUUCCUUACCUCUAUCAAUACCUCUUUUGGGUUUGGCCUUUCCCUUGUCACGCUUCCAUACAGGCUGCCCCGCUAGUGGACCGUGGUGACAUAGCUGCGUUCAAGGAUCCUCAUCUAGAUGCUCCUGAUGAUGUCAUUCUCCGGCUUGCACGGCUCGCCAUGACAUGCACAGCCACUCCGGCCAUGUCCCGGCCUCAAAUGGUCAAGAUUGUCGCGGAUCUUGAAGGGAUUAAGGAGGAACUGUUCAAGUAUGGCACAAUGAUGUUUGAAGAGGAGCCUCAAGUGCCGAAUCAGUCGUUGACUCAAGUUAUUUCGCAGGUUGAGCAUUUGCUUCCGUCGCUGCACGGAAGUUCGUACUCGCUCCCUCUUCUCGUUUGCUCUCGCCCCCUGCGACAGCAACGCUUGAGCUGCGCUCAGUCGAGUGCCUGCCGUGUUCGUCUCUUCGCGAACUUGACGACAACCGUCACCCGGGACCAGGCAACCGUCAAGAUGUGCGGAAUUCUCGCGGUUCUUGGAGCUGCUGAUGCAUCGGCUCGCACCCGAGCAAAGGUCCUCGAGUGCACUGCCAGGCUGCGCCACCGUGGACCCGACUGGAGCGGCGUGCACACGUUCGGCAACAACUUCCUCGCGCACGAACGGCUAGCCGUCAUCGACCCGGCGUCCGGCCACCAGCCGUUACGCAACGAGGACGGCAGCAUCGUGGUGGCCGUCAACGGAGAGAUUUACAAUUACCAGCAGCUGCGGGACGAACUGAAGGACCGCCACACGUUCAACACGGGCAGCGAUUGCGAAGUCAUCGCCCAUCUCUACGAAGAUGUGGGAGAGCAAGCCGUGCAGAAGCUCGACGGAAUCUUCGCGUUCGUGUUGCUCAACACCAAGGACGGCUCCUACAUCGCGGCGCGGGACCCCAUCGGCGUGUGUCCGCUCUACAUCGGCUGGGGUCGUGACGGCUCCAUGUGGUUCGCGUCUGAAAUGAAGGCUCUUAAAGACGACUGCGAGCGCUUCGACACGUUCCCGCCGGGCCAUAUCUACUCCAGCAAAGACCACAAGCUCCGUCGCUGGUACAACCCCGCGUGGUACGACGAGCACAUCCCCUCCGCGCCGUACGAUCCUCUCGCGCUGCGCGCCGCGUUCGAGAAGGCCGUCGUGAAGCGGCUCAUGACGGACGUGCCGUUCGGCGUGCUUCUAUCGGGGGGCCUCGACUCCUCGCUCGUCGCCGCCGUCGCGCAGCGUCAUCUGGCGUCUACCAAGGCGGGCAAGCAAUGGGGACCUCAGCUCCACUCCUACUGCAUCGGCCUCGAGAAUGCCCCUGACCUGCGGGCAGCAAGAGAAGUCGCGGAUUACAUCGGCACGAACCACCACGAGCUACACUUCACUGUACAAGAGGGCAUAGACGCGAUUUCCGAAGUGAUUUACCACACGGAGACCUACGACGUCACCACCAUCCGCGCCAGCACGCCCAUGUUUCUGCUGAGCCGCAAGAUCAAGGCGCUGGGGGUGAAGAUGGUGCUAUCUGGGGAAGGCAGCGACGAGGUGUUUGGGGGUUACCUGUACUUUCACAAGGCUCCGAGCAAGGAAGAUUUUCACGUGGAGACGUGUCACAAGCUCAAGGCGCUCCACAUGUACGACUGCCUGAGGGCCAACAAGGCCACGUCAGCAUGGGGGCUGGAGGCGCGUGUGCCCUUUCUGGAUAAGGAAUUUCUUGACGUGGCAAUGAGCAUUGAUCCUCAGUAUAAGAUGAUUCGCAAAGAGGAUGGGCGCCUCGAGAAGUGGGUCAUUCGACGGGCCUUUGACGACGAAGAGAAGCCGUACCUCCCUAAGCAUAUCCUCUACCGCCAAAAGGAGCAGUUCAGUGACGGCGUGGGGUACAGCUGGAUUGAUGGUCUCAAGGCGCAUGCGGAGCACAUGGUGUCAGAUCAAAUGAUGGCCAACGCUCCCAACCUCUUCACACACAACACGCCAAAGACCAAGGAGGCCCUGUUCUACCGCCUCAUAUUCGAGAAGCACUUCCCACAGCUCUCUGCUCGUCUGACCGUCCCUGGAGGCCCCAGUGUCGCCUGUAGCACGGCGGCGGCUGUAGCAUGGGAUGCAGCCUGGCAAGGCAACCUGGACCCUUCUGGCCGUGCUGCUCUGGGCGUGCAUGCUGCUGCUUAUAACGAGGAUGCAGCUGGUAACCAGAAGGCUGGUAACCGUGUGACAACGUGUGUGGAGCAGGCAGGAGUGGUGGUGGGGGGUGGGAGCAGUGGGAAGAGGAGUCAGGGGGAGGAGGGGCAGCAGCCUGAGUCGCCUCCUAAGAAGAAAAAGACGGACCUUGUGAUGCCGUAUCUGGCUGCAGCAUAA